CUGUAUCAGUAAAGUAUGUGCUCUGUGUUUCCAGCGGUGGCUGAGGCGGUGCUGGGGUGUAUAGAGCAGAGCCGGAGACUGAUCCUGGUGCCCAGCAGUCUGGGGCUGAACCCAAGGCAGGACAGCCAGUAUAGUCUGCUCACUGGGCUCCAUGCUGCACUGGUGGAACGGCAGACCUGGCUAAUCCUCAUCCAGACAGAGUCAGCCCCAGACAGCAAGGUGGAUCUGGAGCUGGACUCCCUCCCUGAGGCCCUGCGGCUGCUGGCCCAGUCAGGACACACCGUCACCUGGAGGGGCUCCCACUCCAAACCCCUGUCCUCAGCCUUCUGGAAGGAGCUGCGUUACCGUAUGCCUGCCACGACCAGACGACGCCCCCCGAAGGACGAGAGGACCAUUCUGUGAUUAUAUAGGCUCCAGGGCAGGGUUUGGGUUCAGUCAAUUCACAAAGUAAACUCAAAUUCAAAUGAUAUAAUGGCAUCUAUUUUCAAUGAUCUUCACCCCCAACCCUGCUCCGGGGGGAAGAUGAGUGAAAUAAAUACAUCUAAUGUGAUUAAUGUGCCAUGUUUACCUGUAAGAGUGAAAUAGCUUUCCUUCCAUGUUUUUU